UGGUCUGGACCCUCCCCCGCACUCAUCGGCGGUAGGUGUAUAUAUGGGGAGAGCAGGAUAGUGUUAUUCGUUUCCGCGGUCCCUUGUUUAUCCGGCUGCACACCGGAAUCUGCAGCGGAGCUGAGGAUGAGCGACCAGGGAAAGGGUUCGGCAUCCACUCCUACAGGGGCCCUAGCGCCGGGGUCGGAUACGUACAAAGGCUGGCUUUUUAAAUGGACUAACUAUUUGAAAGGGUAUCAACGCCGAUGGUUCGUCCUCAGCAAUGGCCUUCUGUCGUAUUACAGGACUCAGGCAGAGAUGGCCCAUACAUGUCGUGGCACUAUCAACCUGGCCACAGCCCAUAUCGACACGGAGGACGCCUGUAACAUUGUCCUGAGCAGCGGCGGUCGCACCUACCACCUGAAGGCCAGCACUGAGGUGGAGCGCCAGAGAUGGGUCACAGCGCUGGAGCUGGCCAAGGCUAAAGCCAUCCGCAUGAUGAACGACCAGUCUGAUGACUCAGGAGACGAGGAGCCCACGACCCAGUCGGACCGCAGUGAGGGGAUCCAGGGCACUCUGAAGACCCUGAUCAGCAAGCUUGAUGACCUCGGCACGUGUAACGACCUAAUCGCCAAGCAUGGGGCGGCCCUGCAGCGCUCUCUGAGUGAACUCGAGGCGCUGAGAGUCCCCGUGGAGGGAGGAGAGAAGGUCAAGGGCGUCAACGAGCGAGCCACCCUCUUCCGCAUCACCUCGAAUGCUAUGAUCAAUGCGUGUCGGGACUUCCUGGACCUAGCGGAGACCCACAGCAGGAGAUGGCAGCGGGCGCUGCAGUAUGAGAGAGAGCAGCGUAUUCACCUGGAGGAGACCAUAGAGCAGCUAGCCAAGCAGCACAACAGUCUGGAGAGAGCCUGGAGAGAGGCCCCCACACUGUCCGCCAACACGCCCAGCGCCCCCACCACAGAGAAGGUAGGGAGUGAGAGGCUGCAGAAAGGGGAGGCGAGUGAUGAAGAUGAGGAUACAGAAUACUUUGACGCCAUGGAGGAGUCCCCUGCCUUUAUCACAGUGACCGCCACUGAGAACACACAGCACAGGUCACAGCUCAGUGGAGGCCAGACCAAUGACUGGAACCAGGAAAAUGUGUAUCCUAGCUGUAAUGAUUCAGGGAAGAAGCUGCAGCCCCUCAGAAGGAGGAGGAGCCACAUCCCAGACAAACCCAAUUACUCCCUCAACCUGUGGAGCAUCAUGAAGAACUGCAUCGGCAAGGAGCUCUCCAAGAUCCCCAUGCCUGUGAACUUCAACGAGCCUCUGUCCAUGCUGCAGCGGCUGACAGAGGACCUGGAGUACCAUGAGCUGCUGGACAAGGCGGCGCGCUGCGAGAGCUCCCUGGAGCAGCUGUGUCUGGUGGCAGCCUUCUCUGUGUCCUCCUACUCCACCACCGUCCACCGCACGGCCAAGCCCUUCAACCCCCUGCUGGGGGAGACCUAUGAGCUGGACCGACUGGAGGACUGCGGCUACCGCUCGCUGUGUGAGCAGGUGAGCCAUCACCCCCCAGCAGCAUCUCACCAUGUGAUUUCUCAGCGAGGCUGGACCCUCUGGCAGGAAAUCACCAUAGCCAGCAAGUUUCGUGGCAAAUACCUCUCCAUAAUGCCUCUGGGUGCCAUUCACCUGCAGUUCCACUCCAGUGGGAACCAUUAUAUUUGGAGGAAGGUAACCUCCACCGUGCACAACAUCAUCGUGGGCAAGCUGUGGAUUGACCAGUCAGGGGACAUUGAGAUAGUCAACCACAGGACCAAGGAGACAUGCCAGCUCAAGUUCUCCCCCUACAGCUAUUUCUCCAGGGAAGUCCCACGCAAGGUGACAGGGGUGGUGUCAGACGGUGGAGGGCAGGCCCACUACAUCCUGUCUGGCACGUGGGACGAUAAGAUCGAGAGCUCCAAGAUCGUCCAGAGCAGCAAAGGGGGCAGCGGCUCCGAGGGCAAGCAGAAGACAGUCUACCAGACCCUGUCCCCCAAACUACUGUGGAAGAAAUACCCUCUCCCGGAUAACGCUGAGAACAUGUACUUCUUCUCCUCGCUGGCGCUGACGCUGAAUGAGCCGGAGGAUGGGGUGGGGCUGACGGACAGCCGGCUGAGACCGGACCAGAGGCUGAUGGAGGCGGGGAGAUGGGACGAGGCCAACUCUGAGAAACAGAGACUAGAGGAGAAACAGAGAGCUGUGAGGAGGAGGAGAGAGGCAGAGGCCACAGAUGCACUUGAUGACGGUCGGGAGUACGAGGGCUUCCAGCCACAGUGGUUCCACAAGAGGACGAACGCCAUCACUGGAGAGACAAACUUUGUGUACAAGGGGGGAUACUGGGAGGCUAAGGACAGUCAGGACUGGAAUAUGUGCACUGAAAUCUUCUAAGCCUCGACCAGACACAUCCUACCCCCUCACUGGACUCACCCAGGCCCAGGAGACUGCUCUACCGCUGGGUCUGGGUGUUGACCUCUGUGUGCAACUGUGUACGUCUCACACACUCACAAUACAGUUUACCUCCCCACGGACACACACACUUCAUCUGUUUUACAGAGUCAAAGGAGAGAAGGGGCCUUCUAAAGGUCCUCCCUGACAACAUAGCACUGAGCUGUAUGGGGAUGUGAGAGAGAGGAGAGAUUGAAUACCAUAGAAAAUGGACCCAAUAGAGAUGUCCAAAAUAAUCAGGUGCUUCACACACGCUACCCACAAUGCACUAUUCCUCUGCUCAGCACAUCGUUUUUUCUGGGUUUUAAUGAUUGAAUAGCAACCCAUCUAAAUCAGUUCUCCUCUCCUCCACUGUAGACUGGGAUGAGAUGAAGUCUAUCCUCUCUAACAGACAGACCGACAAACAAAAAGAAGGUCACAGAAGUUUAUAGAAAGACGGUAUACUUUAAAAGGAUGGACAUUUAUUUUGAUUAGUAACUGGUAUUGGAAAGUGCAGGUAGGCACAGACUCCAACGCUUGAAUUAGUUUGUCAUCUAUGUCCGUCUGCCUGGUAAAGAACUUAAGUUCCCUCUGUUCUUUUCUCCAUUGCAGGAGGAACCAGGUUUAGACCUGCGUAUGACCAUAUAGUGCUCAGACCGUAACCAACGUGGUUUGACAACCAGAGUACUUUUCCAAACACAAACUGGGUAUAUUGUGAUACCUCCCAAACACAGUCACACUUCCACUCCACUGGUAAUUGAAGCUUUGUCUAUUGAGGUAAAUAAGCACUUUUCUUUGUGGGUUUCCACAGCUUAAUGCGUAUCCGUGUUGAUGUUGAGGAGACUCCAGCCUGGGCACUGUACACUCACCCAGUCCUUUGGUGCUUUACCAUAGAAACACAUACACUUCUAUUGUGCAGUGAGUCAUUUAAAGGAUAUAAAUGGCAUUGUAGCUAGAACCUGCACACCAAUUACUUGUCCCAAAAACAGAUCCAUCAUCCCACACAUGAAUAUCUAGGCAGAGUGUGAAUUCUACACCCCAGUGUAUAGUUCUACAGCCUAUAUGACAGAUCAGAGCCUGCUCUGGACCUGUAAUUGUAUUCCUACAGAACUGGCUGAUGUUGCUAGAGCACUGAAGGAGGCCCAUGGUGGCUACUGACAGCAUAUUGGCAUCUUACCACAGACAGACAGCAUGCUCCUCAGGCCUCCCAUAGCACACCACUGUUCAGCCAGGGAGGGCUGCUAUAGUGGGGACACUGGCUCCCAGGCACUGACCCAGGUUCACCUGAGCAUAAACCUAGUCCUAACUCCUAGUGUUGAAGAGCUGUGGACAGGCUGAUCUGGGAUCAGCUGGUGAAGGCACUGUCAGUCUUUUUGCCUUUAAGAACUGAUUUGUGCACUACAUGUCUUAGGUGACAGGAUUCUUGACAAAGUGUUAGUAUAUUUUGUAAUUACUGUUAGGAAUGUAGUAUUUGGGCUGGAAGUAUUGUACCUACUGUCUGGCCUUUUGUGUGAAUAUUUUGUGAUAACAAGAUAAUAACAAGACAAUAAUAUGAUUAUAAAACAGUUCUAAUAAUAAUCAGAACAAUAAGUCAUGUUUAUAGUUGAAAUCUGAAGUUUUAAUGAAGAUGUACUGUUACUGUACUUUUUAAUUUAAAUUGAUCCAGCCAGUUAGAAGUUGAUUCUAACUACCGCCCACGGUUUGGUUGCAGAUUUAAUGUUUUGUAUUAAUAGAGACUUACUCUCACACUGAAAAUUAUUUUUAUACAAAGUUGUUGAUAUUGGCAUAUUGUUUACUUGGUUUUAGAUUUGCAGUUCACAAACAAGCAACCACAUCUGACAGUGCCGAUGAUGUGGCCCAUACGGUUUCUGAGGUCAGUUGUUACAGAGAUCUGGUAUGUGCUCUGGAAGGAAGUGGAAGACACACACAAUACCAUCCUCAGCCCAACAUAUCUGUCUGGAGGGCUAGAGGGGUUGCUGGGGGUGCAUACCAACUAGAAAAUACUCAUCAAGCAACUGCUGAAUGUAAUGUGAACCAGGAAAAUGUGAAUGUUUAAACUGUGAGAUAAUAAGUAUCCCCCAAUCACUUU